AUGGAGAUGGAAUCAUUCACUACAGUCCUUAAGCGGGACUCUUGUUCCACUGGGAAUGAAUUUGACGGGCGCAUGGGCCUCCGGAUCUCUUCGAUCUUCGUCAUUUUGAUCGGAUCGAGCUUUGGUGCCUUAUUUCCUGUCUUUGCUAAGCGAUUCAGCAAGCGCGGAGGUGCACCAUCAUGGGCGUUUUUCAUUGCCAAAUACUUUGGUUCCGGUGUCAUUAUUGCUACUGCUUUCAUUCAUUUACUGGCUCCUGCUGAGGAAGCCUUGACCAAUGACUGUUUGACCGGCAUUAUCACAGAAUAUAGUUGGGUCGAGGGAAUUGUCUUGAUGACUAUCGUCAUUUUAUUCUUUGUCGAGCUGAUGGUCAUGCGAUACUCUAGCUUUGGUGCGGGUCACGUUCAUGAUGAGGAGGGACACACCCACACACAGCUUGAGGAUGGCGUUGUCGAAGAAGUCAACCAAAACAAGCACCAUAUCCCUGGAGAAGACCAUCUGGGCCACACUCGUGAACACCACGAUGCCGACGACUCCGAGAAAGAGAGACUGGCCAUUGAGGACUAUAGCGCACAGCUGACUUCGAUCUUUAUCCUGGAAUUUGGAAUUAUUUUCCACUCAGUCUUCAUUGGCCUGACACUGGCUGUUACUGGCGCUGGAUUUGUAACGCUGUAUAUUGUUCUUGUUUUCCAUCAGACCUUCGAGGGUCUCGGUCUUGGUUCUCGCCUUGCUCAGAUCCCUUGGCCCAAAUCUAAGCGUCUCACACCUUACAUACUCGGUCUUGGAUUUGGAAUCUCCACACCUAUUGCCAUUGCCGUUGGCCUGGGCGUUCGUCAGAGCUACCCGCCCGACUCUGCUCGGACUUUGAUUGUUACCGGUGUGUUCGACUCGAUCUCCGCUGGUAUUCUUAUAUACACUGCAUUGGUGGAGUUGAUGGCACACGAGUUCAUGUUCAGUGCUUCUAUGCGUCAAGCACCUAUUCGUGACGUAUUGCUUGCGUUCUUGCUGCUGUGUCUUGGUGCUGGUCUGAUGGCUGUGCUGGGCAAGUGGGCAUAA